AUGGCGACGGCGGCCGGGCUGCUGGCGCGGCGGGUGCGGAGCUGGAGGCUGCGGGCGCCGCUGCCGCCGCCGGCCCGCGUCCUCCCGCGGCGGGCACACUCGCUGCUGGCGGUGGACGACGCCAUCAACGGGCUGAACGAGGAGCAGAAGCAGCUUCGUCACACCCUGUCUAAGUUCCUGCAGGAGCACCUCGCCCCCCAGGCCCAGGAGAUCGAUCAAAGCAAUGAAUUCAAGAACCUCCGGGAGUUCUGGAAGCAGCUGGGGAAGCUGGGAGUCCUGGGUAUCACAGCCCCUGUCCAGUAUGGCGGCUCUGGCUUGGGCUACCUGGAACACGUGCUGGUAAUGGAGGAAAUAUCCCGAGCUUCUGGAGCCGUGGGACUCAGCUACGGUGCCCACUCCAACCUCUGCAUCAAUCAAAUUGUACGCAAUGGAAAUGAGGCCCAGAAGGAGAAGUACCUGCCCAAGCUGAUCAGCGGUGAGUACGUCGGAGCCCUGGCCAUGAGUGAGCCCAAUGCUGGCUCUGAUGUUGUCUCCAUGAAGCUGAAAGCUGAAAAGAAAGGAGAUCACUACGUCCUGAACGGCAACAAGUUCUGGAUCACCAACGGGCCUGAUGCCGACGUCCUUGUUGUCUAUGCCAAGACAGACCUGGCUGCUGUGCCAGCUUCUCGGGGCAUCACGGCCUUCCUCGUGGAGAAGAACAUGCCUGGCUUCAGCACCGCCAAGAAGCUGGACAAGCUGGGGAUGAGGGGUUCUAACACCUGUGAGCUGAUCUUUGAAGACUGCAAAGUUCCUGCCGAGAACAUCCUGGGCCAUCUCAGUAAGGGCGUCUACGUGCUCAUGAGCGGGCUGGACCUGGAGCGCCUGGUGCUGGCGGGCGGGCCUCUCGGGAUCAUGCAGGCUGUCCUGGACCACACCAUUCCCUACCUGCACGUGCGGGAAGCCUUUGGCCAGAAGAUUGGCCACUUCCAGCUGAUGCAGGGGAAGAUGGCCGACAUGUACACCCGCCUCAUGGCCUGCCGGCAGUACGUCUACAACGUCGCCAAGGCCUGCGACGAGGGCCACUGCACCCCCAAGGACUGCGCGGGCGUGAUCCUUUACGCGGCCGAGUGUGCCACGCAGGUGGCCCUGGACGGCAUUCAGUGUUUCGGUGGCAACGGCUACAUCAACGACUUCCCCAUGGGCCGCUUCCUGCGGGAUGCCAAGCUGUACGAGAUCGGGGCCGGGACCAGCGAGGGCUGA